GCAUUCGUCAAUAUAUUUCAAAAUGGAUGCAAACGUGAGCGAAGCGGAGACAAAAUCGGAUAAAAAUGAUGAAUUAGAAGAGAAUGUCGAAAUGGAAGACGAUGACAGUGGUCAAGAAGAAGAAAGUGAUCUUUCUUCUGGGGAAGACGAUGAUUCUAGAGAGACAGAAUUGAAAAGUAAAUGUGAUUUGCUUCAAAACAAGCUUAAUGACAAUCCCUACUUAUAUGAUAACCAUGUUGAGCUGAUAAAGUGUUUGCGAGAACUUGGAGAUCUGGAGAAAUUACGCAGUGCAAGAGAGAAAAUGAGUGAAGUCUUUCCCUUGACAGAAGAAUUAUGGCUUGAGUGGCUGCAAGAUGAGAUAGGGCUGAUCUCUGAUGAUUCAAGUAGGGAAGAAAUUACAAAACUGUUUGGAAGAAGUGUCAAAGAUUACUUGUCUAUUCCGCUGUGGCUGGAGUAUGUCCAGUUCUCUAUAGGUGGUAUGGGAGGCACAGAUGGAGUCAGCAAGGUCCGAGAAGUGUUUGAUAAAGCUCUUACAGCCUGUGGACUUCAUGUUUCCAAGGGAGAUAACCUGUGGGAAGCUUACAGGGAAUUUGAGAAUGCCAUUCUGGCUGGUUUGUUUCCAGCACCAGGCAGUGUACCUACCAAAGAACAGGAAGAAAAGUUCAGUGAACAGCAUGACAGAGUUCAGUCCCUUUUCAAAAGACAACUUACAGUUCCUCUUCAGAAUUUAGAAGAAACCUUUGAUGAAUACAAGGAUUGGAUACAGGAGGAACCUGACAAGUACACUAAGCAGGCAUACAAUAAAGCGCUUAUUAAACUGGAGAAAGUGAAACCAUAUGAAGAAAAACUGUCAGCAGCAGAGCCUCCAAGGUUUGAAGAAUAUCAGGAAUAUAUAAAAUAUGAGGAGAAAGAAGGUGACCCUGCCAGGAUACAGUGUCUGUAUGAGAGAGCGAUACAGGAGAACUGUCUCAACUCUUCACUCUGGUUACAGUACACUAAAUAUCUGGAUCACACAUUACGAGUGCCUUCAGUCAGUAUUAAUGUAUUUGAGAGAAGUGUGCGGAACUGUCCAUGGUGCGUACAGCUCUGGCAAAAUUAUAUACUCACAUUGGAAAGAUCUGGAGAGACUUUUGAAAAAGUGAAAGGAAUGUUUGAGGCAGCUUUAACUUCGGGAUUUUCUCAAGGCAGUGAAGUGUUAGCACUGUGGACAACAUUUAUAGAUUAUUUAAGGAGAAGAAUCAAAUGGAAUGAAGAUCAUGAGGAAGAACUAGAAACAUUUAGGUUGUCACUGGAAAAAGCAAUAGAACAGAUAGAUUAUUAUGGAACAGAAGGGGACCCUAACAGUACAUUAAGACAGUUUUGGGCACUAAUUGAGGCCAAGUUCUGUAAGAAUCUGGAGAAGGCAAGAGAAUUGUGGGCUGAGAUAAUGGCCACUGGUCGAGCAAAUGAGGCAGCUCUUUGGAUGGAGUAUUUUAGAUUUGAAAGGACCUAUGGGGAUAACAAACAUUGUCGGAGAGUUCUGCAAAGGGCACUUAACUCUGUCACAGACUGGCCUGAAUCGAUCGUAGAUGCUUAUGUCAACUUUGAAAGAAUGGAAGGAAAUUUGGAACAGUGUGAGCAAGCCGUCAGUAAAUGUGAGGCUCAGAUGGAACGAAUAAAUGAAAGAAGAGAAAAGGAACAGCAAGCUGAGUUGGGUGGUCAUGAACAGAGGCAAAAGUUUGAUAAGAAAGGCCAGCACAAAUUCAAAGGCAAGCAGAAACCUGGCAAGUUUCAGCAAAAACAACAAUCUCAUCAUAAUAAACAACAACAGAAGCAACAGUCAUAUCCAAAGAAACAACAACAACAACAACAGCAGCAACACCAAGAACAGAUAACUGAUAUUAAACCUUAUAAGAGAAAGAAUCAAGAUUUGAAACAGGAGGCUAUGGAUACCUCAGAAGAUGGGUUUAAAGUUCCAGCCCCUGUACCAGCGAAAGUUGCAAAGACUUCGCCACCUCCUGGGUUUAAAGAAGAAAAGUCUGCCCCACCCCCUGGAUUUAAAGAAGAAAAGGUAGCUCCGCCUCCUGGUUAUACAGGAGAAAAGUCAGCACCACCCCCUGGAUUUAAACAGGAAAAGUCAGCUCCACCCCCAGGAUUUAAAGAAGAGAAAUCAUCCCCGCCACCAGGAUUUAAAAGACCUAAUGAGGAAGAAGACGCAUCUUCAGCAAAAAGAUUGAAAACAGAUACAGAGUCCAGUGGCAUUUCACCAAUAGAUGACAGCAAGGACAGCAGAAUGGUAUUCCUCAGUAAUUUAUCCUAUGAAAUCGACGAGGACCAAAUCAAGAAAUUUUUUGAUAAGUGUGGUGCAAUAGAAGAGAUAAGAUUAAUUAAGAAUUACCAAGGCAAAUCAAGAGGUUAUGCUUAUGUGGAAUUUGCUGACCAGUUGGCUGUUAGUAACGCAUUGACCUAUGAUAGAACCCCAAUAGAAGGAAGACCCAUGUUUGUAUCCAAAUACAAAGCGAAGGGCGAGUCAACUAAACAAGAUUUUAAGUAUGGAACAUCUUUGGAGAAGAACAAGUUAUUCAUCAAAAAUCUCCCGUUCACCUGUACUGAGGAAGCUCUGAGGACAUUGUUUUCACAGCAUGGGGAGGUGAAACAUGUUAGACUUGUCACUUACAGAAGUGGAGCACCCAAGGGACUUGCAUAUGUUGAGUUUGCUGAUGAGCAUAGUGCAGCCCAAGCUGUGGUGAAAACAGAUGGAAUUAAGAUUGGAGAGCAUGAGAUCUCAGUUGCCAUUAGCAACCCGCCUGCCAGAAAAACUCCGGUGUCACAGAGGGAGGAAUCUUCAUUUAUACCUUCUCUUGGAGGAGGAAAGAAGGAAACACAGAGUCGACAUGCAAGAACACAAGUUAUGUUGAUGCCAAGGGCAGUAACCAAGAGACCUCAAACCCAAUCAAAGCAGACAAGCUCUGCAGCUACCCAGAACAAAAAUGAAAGCUCCUCAGAGACAUUAAGUGAUUCUAAGAGUAGCACAAAGACGUCUGGGAUGAGUAAUAGUGACUUUAGAAAUAUGUUGCUGAAAAAGUGAUUGCUUUAAAUGUGUGGUUAAGAUGCAAAAUGUUAGUGUUUUACUAGUGAAUAAAGGAAGAUAUCCUGUA